AGUUAACUUCUAAGCAACUGCAGAUGCAUGGAUAAAAGCUGUCUUGGACAAUAUGCAGCAGCCUUUACCUUUCCACCAGCAUCUCCAACUUGUUGCCUACCUCUGCUGGAUUCCCUUGUUGGCCAUUAGCAGUGAGUCAGCUCCAUUAGCUCCCGAGUGCUCCCCGGUGGGACACCGCAUCCUCCGCAAUCCCUACCGCAGCACCAGGUACGACUCACUGGAGCUGCAGCGAACAGCCACUCAGGACCUGGUGUGUGACCACUCGCUGCCACCAGCAUGGUACCGGUUCAUGAUCAACAAGAGGCCUGCAGAAAUGCCAACGAGAUGUGUUGAAAUGAACAAAUGUGGGACACAAGCUCCGGUGUGGCUGUCGCUGAGGUCUGAAUCCCUGCCGGCUCCUGGUGAGAUCAAGCAAUUGACAGCCUGUGCUACCUGGCAGGUUUUUGGGAGCACCACAGACUGCUGCUUGUUUCGGAUACCCGUUGCCGUCAGGAACUGCGGCGAGUUCUUUGUUUAUCUCCUUCAGCCUACUCAAGGAUGCAUGGGCUACUGCGCAGAAGAAAACCUCCCAAGCUUGACUUUGCAGCCAGCGAUAACUCCCGAGCUCGUGCAAGGUCGUGCCCACCUGAAAUGCACCUGGGCUCCCCCCGGCUCCACACUGUUUAUGCAGUACACGGUGGUCUGGUCACGCCUGGUCGCCCCUGGCACACGAGAGCAGAUCCGGCAUGACACCACCCCACAGGCUUUUUCCUUCCUGGAGAUGAGCAGUGAAAAUAUCCGACUGGGAGACACGGUCUUUUGCACUGUCACUGCGUUUGCAAGGGACACUCCUGAGCAACAAUCAUUGCCUGAGGAGAGCAAAGGUUUCUACGCCGGGAUUAAGUUUUUACCAGAAUCGUUACAAAUUGCAGAAGAUGGCAAGGAACAUGUUUUGACCAUUCUGAGCACUGUGCCCAUUACCUGUUCUGGGCAUGAUGAUUCCUGUAAAAUCACAUUACAGCUAAAUACUGAGGAUUUGGACAGGCAAUUACCAGGGCCCCCAGAUAUCGCCCUUUCGUCGUGCCAGGUGGACCUGGUGCCAGCGCCCUGCUCCAAGGGCAGCUGUGCAGCAGCCACGCUGACGGUGACAGCCGUGACAGACUUCGCUCAGGAUGGGAACCGCAUCAGCCGCAUCAGAGCUGAGCCAGUCGGAUGGAGAGAUUCGCUUUGGAAGGCUCACACAGCAAAGGAUGUGAAGGUCACAGUUCAAGACCUCCCAACAGGGAACUGCUACUCUUUCACUGAUCCACACAUUAUCACAUUUGAUGGAUGGCGUUACGAUAAUUACAAAAUCGGCACCUUCCUUUUGUGCCAGAGCACGGCGCGGGCGUUCGAAGUGCAUGUUCGGCAGUGGGACUGUGGAGGCCUCCGCUCCGCCACGGCCUGCAACUGCGGGGUGGCCGCACGAGAGGGGGACGACAUCGUCGUGCUGGACUCCUGCAAUGGCCAUUCUCGGGAAACUAGGCCGCAGCUAGCCAUCCGGAGCACCGGGGCAUCACCACAGGUCAAAAUCCUAAAGGCCUACGGAGGGAGAAAAAUAACAAUCCUGUUCCCUUCGGGAGCAUUUGUUCGAGCUGACGUGAGUGAGUGGGGAAUGGGCUUGACGGUGAGGAUGCCGAGCAGUGACUUCAACAGCACCAGAGGUUUGUGUGGCCUCUUUGAUGGGAUCAGUCACAACGACUUGAGCAAUGUGCCUGAGGAAGACUUCGUAGAAGAGUGGAGAAUACCUCCGGGGAAGAGUUUAUUUGACAAGACUCCAGCACCUUCUGAGGGGAAGCAAAGGAAAAAUUACUGCGGAUGUCAGAAGGAGAGCACUAAGUCUGUGUCCUUGGUGAACACGCCGAAUGCCUUUCAGACUCAAUCUCCUGGUUGCCAUUAUGAUAAUGUGGAUUACACUUCUGCAAUCCCAUAUCUAGAUGUUACAUCAGAGUUUGUCACUCACUCAGGCAAAGAGUCUGCUUUAAGAAAUGAUGGGAAAUUGUCAGCCAAGUCUUUUGAUCAAAGAUAUCUGCCUAAAUCGGUCAAAAAGCGAGGUAGCCCCGAGGAGCGAUUAAAACUCCUCGCACAUAAUGUUUCCAUGAAAAACAACAGUUUCCUUAACUUUACCAAGCCAACAGAACAACUACAGAGAGCAAAAAGGCAAGAAGACUACUAUGAGUACUCAUCCUUUUACUCAUUGCAUAGCCCAAGCCAGACAGAUUCAGACAGCUUUGCCUAUUUUUUCCCAGAGGAUUAUUUUGAAGGGAUUCGGACAAAACUUCCACUGGGAUGGCCUACUCCCAAUGGUCUAACCUCUGCCAAAGCUUGGGAGAUUUGCCACCAAAUUCUCGCAAAUUCCACCAUUGGCUUGGUGUGUAAGGCUCUCCUUGGGGAACUCAUAGAUGAGGCCACUGAUAUAUGCAUUUUAGAUCUACAGCUCAAGGAUAACAUGGCCUGGGUGAGGGCACUGACAGCACUUUUGGAAAAUGAAUGUGAAAGACGAGUGCUAGGAAACAGAGGUAAAGUGUUUCAUGUCAGAAACCAGCCAUCUGCUACCCAGGAGGAAAUCCUCACUGUUCUCCGGUGUCCUGCUUUCUGUAACGGCAAUGGACAAUGCACGAACCUGGGCUGCCAGUGCUUUGAAGACCACAGUUCCUAUGAUUGUAGCAUUGCCAAGAAGCAAGCUUUGGAAAUCACGGGCUUGGAGAACAGGGGCCUCUGUGACAUCCGCACCUCCGACUGCACCAGGACCCGGGUGUUUGGCUUUGGUUUCACAGAUUCCCCCAACCUGCACUGCGAGGUUACCAGGCUAAUUCAUCUCAAUGGCGAAUGGAUAUCAAGAGAGCAAGAAACGACACGAGCAGAUUUUCUCAGCUCUGAGGCUGUUGACUGCCAGAUUCCUGUCCUGAACAUCACAGAGACAGAGGCUGUGCACUUUGUGGCUGGUGAUGAGCCGUUCGCAAGAUGGCAAGUGAAAAUCACUAAUGAUGGCUUCCAGUACAGUAAUUCCAGAGUGCUGACCCUGUAUGACACAGUCUGCCAGGCCUGUGAAUCCCAUCCAACCGGACUUUGUAAAUUAAAGGAAAAUACUUGUAAUAUAGAUGGACUUUGCUAUGGUGAAGGAGAGUCAAGCCCUACCAGUCCUUGUCUUCUCUGUGAACCUGACAUUUCUAAGUUCACCUGGUCUAUUAAUGAAAACAACCUGCCUCCUGUGUUCCAGGCCCCCUCCAGCCAGCUGCUGACAUUUAUUGGUGAGAAUUUUGUUUACCAGUUAAUAGCAGUGGAUCCGGAAGGGUCAGCUGUGCUAUUCAUCCUAGAGGCUGGGCCACAGGAUGCCAGGCUCUCUCCUGCUGGCCUUCUUAUCUGGAAAGUGGAUUCAGAAGACAGGCAGACCUUUGAAUUCACGGUGUCGGAUGAAUGCAAUGCACAGAGCAGAUACUCUAUUGAGGUUCGAGUGAAGCCCUGCAGCUGCCUCAAUGGUGGAACGUGUGUUACCAAUAUUAAAUUCCCUCCAGGCCUUGGUGAAUAUCUGUGCUUGUGUCCAAAUGGAUUUGAUGGGGAGUUUUGCCAGGAAGAUGUUAAUGAGUGUAAGUCAAACCCAUGUGGAAGCGGAACGUGUGUGGACAGCAUGGACCGCUACAUCUGUAAAUGUCCCCCUGGUUUGGGAGGGCUUACUUGUCAGGAGGACAGGAAUGAAUGUGAAGAGAGUCUUUGUUUUCCUGGAGUGUCCUGUAUGAAUACCUUUGGAUCAUACAUAUGUGGAAUUUGCCCCAGUGGGAUGGAGGGAAAUGGUAAAACUUGCAAAUCUGUGCUUGCUGCUGACAUUACACAGGUUUUAGUCAUUGACAACAGCAAUGGCAAAGGUGACUUGAACAAGACUAAAGUUGAGUGGCCACUGCAACCCUUAGAGACAAAGAACUCUCCUGUAAUUAAGAAUUUUAACAGAAGUGAUACACGUGGUCAUGUAGCGCCUCUGUCCCAUGUUACUACCUGUGCCAACAGGCCGUGUUUUCCUGGAGUGUUGUGUUUUGAUCGGAGACCCCCUUACAUUGGAUAUGUCUGCGGCCGAUGUCCACCAGGGUUUUUUGGAAACGGUCGAAUCUGUAGCAAGGUCCCCAGACCAGAUUCAAGAUCUUCCCAAAGCCAUGUGGAUGUUGCUGAGAGAAAUAGCAAAGAUGCUAGAAGCUCUCACCAGGAAGGCAAGACAUUAAGAAACAUAUAUUCCCUUCUUUCCCGAACCCAAGUUCCAAGACAACAAACUACGUACUUUAUGGAAAGAAACCACACAGUCAUUAACACUCCAUUUCUUACAUUGAAAAGGAAGAUUUCCCAGGCUCAGACAUUGUCAGAAAAAAAAUAUGUUAUGGAGUCCAUGGCACCUGAGAAACAGACUUUUCUUGGAAAAAGAAGUGAUGCACACACUUUCCUUCUGCACAAGGAACCAGACCGCAGAACAGCAGCUGUCAGUGUGACAACCCCUACUGCUGUGCAUUUUAAGCAGUACAAACCAGGUCCAACACGGACCGCUCCUUCUCAUCACAACCCAAAUGCAAGCUCAUUCGUUGCAAGGCCACAUGCUGCUCAGCAAGCUUGUUCCAGAUACAGCUAUCUUCCCAGGAAAUGGCCCAGUCAAAUCACAGUCUCAAAGACCAAACCCUCCCAAAAUUUCCCGACAGAGCAGCAAACAUCUUUGGAAACACACCUCAGACCCUCUUUUCAUCCAUUAGGUUAUUCCCUUGACACAGCUCCCCAGACUGCCACCAUCCCACCUGGGCCUGUUCCCCCUGCAAGGCUACCAGCACAGACCGCAGCGCUCAGGCAGGCAUACAAGGCAGCAAUGGACCAUGUGGAACUGCCAAAAACCAUCAGUGGCAUGCGUCAGGACAUCAUCUGUGCUAACACGCCAUGCUUCAGUGGUGUGCAGUGUGAGCCAGACGAAGAUGGAGGGUUUAAAUGUGGGCCUUGUCCCACGGGAUACAGCGGUAACGGAAUCAUGUGUGAAGUGCAGUGUGAUCCACCGUGUGAGAACGGAGGCACUUGCGUAGCUCAAAAUACUUGUUCUUGUGCUUAUGGAUUUGUUGGUCCUCGAUGUGAAACAAUGGUGUGUAACAGACACUGCCAUAAUGGUGGGGUCUGUGUGUCGCCAGAUGAGUGCAAAUGCAAAAGUGGAUGGAGCAACCCGUCUUGCGAAAUCGCUGUGUGCAAUCCUCUGUGCUUAAAUGGCGGAAUCUGUGUACGGCCAAACACAUGUGCAUGUCCUUAUGGAUUCUACGGGCCGCAGUGCCAGAGAGCUGUUUGCAUUCCUCCUUGUAAGAACGGUGGGCACUGUGUUCGAACCAACGUGUGCUCCUGUACCGAGGGCUACACUGGAAGAAGGUGUCAGAAAAGUGUCUGUGAUCCCAUGUGCGUGAACGGAGGGAAGUGUGUAAGCCCAAAUGUCUGUGACUGCCCAUCUGGUUGGAGGGGAAAGCACUGUAAUAAACCUGUUUGCCUGCAGAAAUGCCUGAACGGUGGCGAAUGUAUAGGUCCAAACAUCUGUGAGUGCUCUGAAGGAUGGGUAGGAAUGCUGUGCCAGACCCCAAUUUGUGAGCAAAAAUGUCUGUUCGGAAGCAGAUGCAUAAGACCAAAUGUCUGCGCUUGCAGAAGUGGCUACACUGGCUCAGCAUGUGAAAAGAAGCUGAGGAAAGAUGCAGGACUGGGCACUACACCGCUCUUGCCAAGCACAUGCCACUGGCUGAGCGAGGAGCUGGAAAACAAGCGCAGCACAGCACGUGCUGGGGCCUGCAGACUUGAUGCCAUUUCCUACGUCAAAAGCACGUGGGAUUUUUCACACACAGCCAAACUUGUUCCCACUGCAGCUCCACCACUGGCAGCAGAUCACCAGAGAUGA